UAUUUCCCCAGAGUUUCAAGUUUGAAACUUGAUUCCUUUUUACUUCUAUCUAGUCUGUUUCUCUCCCUGAAUCUCCUUCCCAUCUUUCAGGAUUCAUGGCUGAAUCUCAUUUACUUCAGCACCUGUCAUUCCUACUCUUUCUUUCUGUGCUUACUUUUGCUCAAAAUGAAACCCAUUUCAUCUACAAUGGUUUCAAAGGAGCCAAUCUGCAUCUUGAUGGGCUUGCUGACAUCCGUUCAAAUGGCCUUUUACAACUUACAAACACUUCUCAACAACAAAGUGGUCAUGUUUUCUACCCACAACCUGUCAAACUUAAUGCUACUCGAUCCUUCUCGACUAGUUUUGUUUUUGCCAUGUAUCCUGAUAUUGAAGCUCAUGGAGGACAUGGACUUGCCUUUGUGAUCUCCUCAUCCAUGAACUUUGAUCAUGCUGUUCCCGCUGAGUAUCUUGGACUUUUCAAUACUACCAACAAUAACCUCCAAUCUAAUCAUAUCUUUGCUGUAGAAUUUGACACUGUUCAAAAUGCUGUUUUUGGGGAUAUUGAUGGUAACCAUGUUGGUAUUGAUAUUAAUAGCCUUACCUCUAUCGUCUCUGCUUCAGCAGCAUACAUCGAUGACAAAGAACAAACGAAUAAGACUCUUGAGCUUACUAGCCGCAAAGCUAUGCAAGUUUGGAUCGACUAUGAUGGAGAUGAGAAGCUAAUGAAUGUGUCAAUAGCUCCACUUAAAAACUCUAAACCAACCAAGCCUCUUUUGUCUACUCAUCUCAAUCUAUCUUCUGUACUUCUUAAUUCCAUGUUUGUCGGUUUCUCUGGAUCUACCGGUAUAACUGCAAAUGAGCAUUACUUGUUAGGUUGGAGUUGGAGUCAAAUCGGGCAAGCUCAAGGUUUCAAUUUUGACGUGCUUCCUCCACUUCCUAAGGUUAUAAAACAAAAACGAAACCUCGAAACACUUCUAAUAGUACUUAUUGUAGUUUUUGUUCUUUUGUUGGUUCUUAUUGCGGGAGUUGCAUACUUGCUAAGGAGGAAAAUGUUUGAAGAGGUUAAGGAACCAUGGGAAAAUGAAUAUUCCUCUCAUAGAUUCUCAUUCAAAGAUCUUUAUUUUGCAACCAAAGGAUUUAAAGACUCUGAACUUCUUGGCUCUGGAGGUUUCGGGAAGGUUUAUAAAGGUUUGCUACCUAAUACCGAAACCCAAGUUGCAAUUAAGAGAGUUUCCCAUGAUUCUAGGCAAGGGAUGAGGGAAUUUGUCGCUGAAAUUGUUAGCAUGGGUAGGUUAAGACACCGAAACUUGAUUCAACUCCUAGGCUAUUGCCGAAGAAAAGGAGAACUUCUUUUGGUGUAUGAUUACAUGCCUAAUGGAAGCCUUGAUAAGGUCCUGUUUCGGAGCAGCGAUUUUAGUUGUAACCCUUCUUGGUCGCAGAGAAUGAAUAUUAUGAAGGGGGUCGCAUCUGCCCUGCUCUACCUACAUGAAGAAUGGGAACAAGUCGUUCUUCAUCGUGAUGUGAAGGCAAGUAAUGUUUUAUUAGACGCUGAUAUGAAUGCUAAACUAGGUGAUUUUGGACUUGCUAGAUUAUAUGAUCAUGGAAGUAAUCCUAGAAGUACCAACAUUGUUGGAACAGUGGGAUAUCUUGCACCCGAACUCAGUAUAACAGGCAAGCCAACACCAGCAACCGAUGUGUUUGCAUUUGGAGUAUUUUUACUUGAGGUGGCUUGCGGAAAACAGCCUUUUCGGCUGCUUAAUUUUGACGGUGAAGAUAUGAUUUUGGUUGAAUGGGUUUUUGAUUGCUGGAAGAAGGGCGAUGUUCUUCAAACGAGCGAUCCUAAACUGGGAGGAUAUUAUAUUGAUGAAGAAAUGGAACUUGUUCUAAAACUCGGCUUGCAUUGUUCGCAUCCAAAACCGGAAAUUAGACCGACUAUGAGACAGGCGGUUCAAUUUCUUCAGAAGGAUGCAGUUUUACCAGAUGUACCAUCUGAUUAUGAUCUUGAAAGGAAUGGUCUGUUUGAUGAUUGUUGGGGAGUAUCUGCUUCAUUUCCAUCCUCAUUUCAGGUGUCAGCUAACACUUUCUUUACUGAUAACUCAAUCCGUCAUCAUGGCCGUUGAAUUCAGUCAGUUACAUAUAAUUGGAGGAUUAGAUUACUUAAUUUCGGAGCUUUUGUAUAAUUAUAUGUAAAAAUAAUUGUUUUCUCUUGAAAUCAUGUUGUUUCUUUGUUUUCAUGAACUUAAGUUAUCUGUAAAAGUUCAUGUUUCUGAAACCUGAUGUAAAUAAUUUCUCUGAAAUUGUUUAUAUACAUAAUAAUAUUAAUUGGGAG